GCAGUUCGUACGACGAAGACGCUAACGUUACCUAGCAAUAUCUAGCUAACCUUUAAUUACUGUCACAGGAGACAUUAUGCUUGAUUAAAUCUCUAAUUAGAGGAAUACAAACGCUUUCAGCGAUGUCCAUGUCACACUUGUAUGGGCGAAGAGGAGAGGAGGAAGAGGAAGGUGUAGAAAUUGAGAGCUUUGAGGUGACAGAAUGGGAUCUGGCCAAUGAGUUCAACCCAGACCGCCGCAGACACAGGCAGACCAAGGACCAAGCUACCUAUGGCAUCUGGGCUGACAGGGACUCAGAUGAGGACGAGAGGCCCAGCUUUGGAGGCAAGAGAUCUAAAGAUUACUCUGCUCCGGUGAGCUUUGUGAGUGCUGGCCUAAGAAAGAGUGCAGCUGAGGAGAAACAACAACAGCAACAGCCGCAGCAAAAAGGAGAAGGCGGCUCUGAUGACUCCGAUGAUGAUGCUCCUUCAGCCCCUCCACCUCCACGUGGAGGUGCACCCAAAAAACUCCAGAUGAGUAAUUUCCGUGGGAACCAGUCACAGAGGUUUGCAGGUGGCAUACAGUCUGGACAAGGCAUUGGAAACUGGGAGAAGCACACUAAGGGAAUUGGACAAAAACUGCUGCAAAAGAUGGGUUACCAACCAGGCAAAGGCCUGGGGAAGAAUGCUCAAGGUAUUAUAAACCCUAUUGAGGCAAAGAUUCGUAAAGGCAAGGGAGCAGUGGGAGCUUAUGGCAAUGAACGAACCAAGCAGAGUCUUCAGGACUUUCCUGUGGUCGACUCAGAAGAAGAGGAGGAAAAGGAGUUUCAGAAGGAGCUAGGUCAGUGGCGUAAGGAUCCUGCUGGCUCUGCAGGAAAGAAGAAACCCAAGUACUCUUACAGAACUGUAGACGAGCUGAAGGCUAAAGGCAAGCUGGCAGGGCGGAGUACACCAGCAUCUGCUGGAGAGUUGGCACAGGUCAAGGUAAUAGAUAUGACUGGAAGAGAGCAAAAGGUGUAUUACAGUUACAGUCAGAUGUCCAAUAAGCACAGUGUCCCAGACGAAGGUCCACCGAGCAUGGCCACACGUGAUCAGAAGGGAUCUGGCUUUGCUCUCCCUGAACUGGAACAUAAUCUGCAGCUACUGAUAGACCUCACAGAACAGGACAUAUUACAGUCUGCCAGACGCCUGCAGCACGAAAAAGAUGUAGUUGUGUCGCUGACACACGAGUCACGAGCACUGCAGAGCAGACUGGAGGUAGAGCAGGAUGCCAUUCAGAGAAUGGAGGCUGUGUUGGCAUUGGUGGAUCGGUUUCCAUCUGGGGAGACAGCACCAGGGGAGGGACCCACCCUGCAGGAGUGCGCCCGGAUCUUUGAGACUUUACAAACAGACUAUUAUGAAGAAUAUAAGAUGAUGGGAUUGGCAGACCUGGCCGUAGCUGUUAUUCAUCCGUUACUUAAAGAGAAAUUACGUUCCUGGGAUCCUCUGAAGGACAGCUCUUAUUGUCUGGAAGACAUCGGUCAGUGGAGAGCAAUCCUCGAAUCUAGAGACCUCCACUCCAGUGCCCAAGAUUCAAAUAUGGACCCUUACCACAGGGUGCUGUGGGAAGUGUUGAUCCCAGUCAUGCGGUCCUGUGUGUCAGGCUGGCAGCCUCGUAUUGUUGGGCCAAUGGUGGACUGUGUGGAAGUAUGGGCCCCUCUUCUCCCCCAGUGGAUCCUGGAUCAUCUACUGGAGCAGCUGGUUUUACCCCGUUUGCAGCGAGAGGUGGAUAACUGGAAUCCUUUAACAGACACAGUGCCCAUCCACUCCUGGAUCCACCCUUGGCUGCCUCUGCUCCAAUCACGUCUAGAGCCUCUUUACCCGCCCAUCAGGAGCAAACUGUCAAAUGCUUUGCAGCGCUGGCAUCCCAGCGACACCUCGGCACGCCUCAUUUUGCAGCCGUGGAAAGACGUUUUCACACUAGGAGCAUGGGAGGCCUUCAUGGUGAAAAACAUCAUCCCUAAACUAGCUUUGUGUCUGGAGGAGCUGGUUAUUAACCCUCACCAGCAGCAGAUGGAGCCCUUUCACUGGGUGAUGGACUGGGAGGGAAUGCUGUCUCCCUCCAGCCUUGUGUCCCUGCUGGACAAAAACUUCUUUACAAAGUGGUUGCAAGUCCUGUGUUCAUGGUUAAGCAACAGUCCUAACUAUGAGGAAAUCACUAAAUGGUACCUCGGUUGGAAAAGCAUGUUCAGUGAUGUCUUGUUGUCACAACCGCUCAUAAAAGAGAAGUUUAAUGAAGCAUUGGACAUCAUGAACCGUGCUGUGUCUUCAGGCAUGGGGGGAUAUAUGCAACCUGGUGCAAGGGAGAAUAUUGCAUAUCUCACACAGACAGAGAGACGAAAGGACUUCCAGUACGAGGCAAUGCAGGAGCGUAGGGAUGCUGAGAGUGUAGCUCAUAGGGGCAUCAGUGCUGGUGUGCCGACAAACUUCAAAGAUCUCAUCCAGACAAAGGCAGAGGAGAACAACAUCGUCUUUAUGCCCAUCGUGGCCAAACGGCAUGAGGGUAAACAGCUGUACACGUUUGGGCGUAUUGUCAUCUACAUAGACAGAGGAGUUGUGUUUGUGCAGGGAGAAAAGACUUGGGUACCCACGUCUCUGCAGAGUCUGAUAGACAUGGCCAAGUGAGUGUGAACUGGCUGAUUCCUUGUUCUGCCAAGUGUAAAAAAAAAAAAAGUACAGCAAAUGUUUCCGUUUAAAUGUACUGAAACUGUCAUAUUUUUGUGUACAUUUUAAAAAUGUCAGUGGAAUUGUGAAUAAAUCAUUUUUGAAUACCUGUG